AAGUACAUACUCAAAUCAUCCCGACCCAGUUUACCUCUUCCUUUGAGAAAAAUUGGAAGCUUUGGUGGUUCGAUGGAGGCUUGCAAAAAGGGCUACGCAUGGGCAGUCUCAGCCGGGCUCUGCGCCGCUUCCGCCGCCAUUUCGGCGAAGCUCAUCACUAAUCAGAUUGUAAAGUACUGUUUCGUGGUAUUAUUCAACGUGACGAUGUGGGGGUGCUUUGUGCAAAGCUUAAAAAAUCUGUCGUCUCUGCAAGCUACAGCGACGAACUUUGCUACCAACUUCCUCACUUCUGGUCUGGCUGGAUACUUUUUGUUUCAAGAACCCUUAUCUGAGAAGUGGUUUGCAGGUGCCCUGCUCAUUGUCAUUGGCGCUCUCGUGCUUAGUAAGUCAAGUGUCGAGAAGAAUGUUCAUACGGAUUAAUGUUUCUGCAUUCCACUUCGUGUUCUCGCAUUUGGUUGAGAGAUUAGAUAACUAUAGAUUUUGCGAGGAUGUACAUUUAACUAAACAGUUGAACAAUCUGUUUUGUUUAUGUGUAAUUGUGCUUUUUGUGUAAUUUUAUACUUUGGUGACUCAUUUUGUGAAUAAGAUUAUUCAUUCUUUUCAUUUCA